AAUUCUUCGAACCCUAAAAUUCUCAUCUUUUGUUAUUUGAUUUGUCGACAGCAAAAUCGGUGGUGAAAGCUUGAGAAAUCGGAAUUCUGUAAAUGAAGACAGAAUCAGCGAAUUACCUGAAGCUUUGCUUCUGGAGAUAUUAUCUUCACUUCCUACAGAAACUGUCAUAGCCACGAGUGUUUUGUCUAAACGUUGGAGAUCUCUUUGGAAGAUGGUGCCAAAGCUCGAAUUUGAUUUUGAAGAUCACAAAAGUGAGCACUAUACAGUUUCAGAGAUUGUUUGUAGGUCUUUGCUUUCACAUAAAGCUCCGGUUCUAGAGAGUCUUAGUUUGAUAGUUAGAGACAAAUCUGAAGCUUUGGAUGUUGGAAUAUGGGUUGGGAUUGCAUUUUCACGCCAUGUGCGUGAAUUGGUACUGGAUCUUUGGUAUGAAUCGUGUGAUGAAGGAGGAGGGUUAGUCAAAUUUCCGAGUGUUUUGUGUAGCUGCAGCAAUACACUCGAGGUCUUGAAACUCGAGUGGUCAAUUCUAGACCUUCCUUCUUGGGUUUGUUUCAAAUCUCUUAGAGAGCUGCACCUUUACUAUGUGGAGUUCAAAGACGAUGAAUCUGUUUUCAACCGUUCAUGUGGCUGCCCUAGUCUUCAAGAUUUGGUUGUGAGACAAAGUUUUGGUAUGGCUAUGGAGACUUACACUUUUGCGGUGCCAUCGUUACAGAGACUAACCAUAGUAGAUGAAUUCCAAGGACAGGGGGAGGGAGGGUAUGUGAUAAAUGCUCCUUCUUUGAAAUACUUGAACAUCAAAGGGUUAGAUUGGAUUAAGUUCUGUCUGAUUGAGAAUGCGCCAGAGCUGGUGGAGGCUGAAAUCAGUACCGUUUCUGGUAUAGAGAAUGAGAACAUUUUGGUUUCUCUAAUUUCAGCCAAACGCCUCUCCUUAUGCAUAUCACCCUUAGAGGUUAAGUAUCCUACUGGUAAUAUCUUCUGUCACCUUCUAUCUUUGGAGCUGAGUACAAAUAAAAGCGAGUGGUGGAAUCUACUUACGCUGAUGCUUGAUGGUUCUCCUCAAUUACAAAUCCUCAAGCUCAUCGGCUUAAGGUAUUCUAUUGAUAAAGAUUGUUUGGUGGACUGGAAAUCGAAUCAACCGAAAUGUGUACCAGAAUGUUUGUUGUUCCAUCUUGAGACAUUCGUGUGGACAAAAUACGAAUGGCAACGAGAAGAUGCGAAAGAAGUGGCCGCAUAUAUCCUAAAGAACGCAAGACGCUUGAAGAAAGCAACAAUCUCCACAUUAGAAAUUGAAUCUAAAGAGCUCGAGGAGUUGGAAAAGAGACGUGAGAUGCUCAACGAGUUGGCUAGUGAGGUCAAGGCUUCAAUUUCAUGUCAACUCGUCUUCGAAGCUGAUACGUAUUCUGAUGAAUCAGGAUAAUAUGAAGAGCUUUAGUAGUUUAGUGAAACUCUGUUAUUUCUUUCUCUGUCGUAUCUUAAUUCCCUCCAAUGUUCGGAAUUUUUAGGAUUUAAGUGUGUGGAUGAUGCUCCAAAAAUGUUAAGAUAAGCUACCGUUAUGGCAAAAGAGCUAUCCGGAUGUUGAGAGUGUGUGUUCUCAAGGAAAAUUUGAUGUGGUGAA